CUCUCACCUGUUCCCACCUUUACAAAAGGCAUCACACAGCAGGUUACACCUUUUCACCACCUGUCUGAGAACGUGCAAAUGUUGCACACCUGAUCCAAGCUUCCGGCAGACACGUGGGUCUGAGUCACAGCUUGUCCAUAGAGAAGUAGUCCUGACCGGAAACACGUCACCACGGCCUCCACAGGGCGCCGUGGCACCGCGCGGCAGACCGGGAUCCUGACCGCUUCCUGGCCGCCGUCCUCCGCCGCUGCUCCCCGGACACGUGCCGCUGCAGCGCCGCUCUCUGCCGCACGUAGAAGCGCUUGAUCUCCUCGCGCUCCGCGGGCCGCAGCGGCGCGUGCAGCGACAGGUGGCGCAGGGUCUCCUGCAGACACUGCGAGAAGCCGCGGGAGUAGCUGGGGGCCACGCGGGGGGCCACGGCCCUCUGCCUCAGGAGCCCCACGGCCAGCUCCAGGACGUCGACCCUCUCCAGGCGGGGGGCGCCGCUCCGCUCCGGGUCCAGCAGAGUCCGCAGCUGCUCGAUGCUGCAGCUGAUCCGGUCCCUUCGAGCCUUCUCCACCGCGAGCCUCCGCUGCUGAAGGAGCAGAGGACGGGUUAGAACCGGGACCCGGCUGGACCUGGCUGGAGCUGGGGUCAGGGUGUGUGUGUGUGUGUGGGGGGGGGUCUCACCUUGUUGGAGUCCACAGGUCCAGGCUUGUCCUCGGGUCCGGUCUGAGUCACAGGAGCCAUCACAGAGUCGGUCCUCAGUCCGGGUCCUGGUCUCUGUCAGUCAGACCAGGCUCUUCGGGUCCGGUAUUUAUAAGACCAGGAGGGGCUCCGCGUGCGUGGACUCUUCACACCUGAGAGGUUCCCACAGUCUGGACCCGUCAUAAAGUCCGGACUGCAGACAGACCCCCCCCCCCCCUUCCUGUCUCAGACAGACGGAGCGUGGCGCGAAUGUCACGCGCUCUCUCUCCAGGAUCAGGUUAUUGAUGACUGACCCCCGUCCUGUGGGGGGGGGUUCCUCGUGCACACGUCUUCAACACACAUCCACGCGCCACACGGGGGGGGGGGGGUAGACAGAAUUUAUGGUUGCAGUGAACUGUGACCCCCCCCCCCACAGAGACAAUAAACUGAUCAGAGAAUCAGUGUGUGUGUCUCAGUCUGUGUGUGUGUGUGUGUGUGUGUGUGUGUGUGUGUGUGUGUGAGCAGCUGAACAUCUGCAGCAGCUGCUCACAGAGACACAGGAAGGUUCCCAGGUAAUAAAGUGGAGGGAGCCUCUGGUGGGGGGGGCUCUGUACCUUCACCUCCCCCCGCUCAGUUAACCAGGAGGUAAUAGCUGCCUCUCUCCUGGUGGCUCGGCCUCGCCCACUGGCCUCAGACUGUGGGAAAGCUGCUCCUGCCUGGGACUCAUGGCUUUGUGAUGCUAAUGUGGCCUAUAAAUAGAGGAGAGGGCUCCUCGGUCCAUCACAGCUCACUCUGCUCCACCAUGGCUCCGACCAACACCACACACUGUCCCCUCUCACUGCUCUCCACCAAAGACAGACACAAACUCAGGAAACCGCAGGUGGAGAAGAUGCGCAGAGAUCGCAUCAACGGCUGCAUCGAGCAGCUCAAGGUCCUGCUGGAGGAGGAGUUCCGCCGACAGGACCCCAACGCCAAGCUGGAGAAGGCCGACGUGCUGGAGAUGACCGUGGCGUUCCUGAAGCGCCGCCUGCGGCCGACCAGCCCCAACACCCACGGAUACUCCCGCUGCUGGGACGAGACGCUGCGCUUCCUGUCCCAGGACUCCCUGAAGGAGGCCACGCUGCACCUGCAGCACCUCCACCCUGCUGCCGCCACAGGACCCAACCUCUGCUCCUCCCACGGCCACGUCCAGGCUGCAGGGAAGCAGCUGCCCCCCCCCAACAGAGUCCUGUGGAGGCCCUGGUAGAGGGUCUGGGUCAGAGGGUCCUGGUCUGGAUCAGAGGGUCUGGGUCAGAGGGUCUGGGUCAGAGGGUCUAGAUCAGAGGGAUGUUUGUUUCUUCAGGUUGAAGAGUCUCAUCUGUGCUCAGGUGAACAGUCUGUGCUCUGUUGAUGCACUGUAAUGUACAGACGUGGUCUUCAUGUGGACUCUGGUUCAUGUGGACUCUGGUUCAUGUGGACUCUGGUUCAGGGUCGGUCUGUGGUUAAAUACCUUUUGUAAAGGUGGUGUUGCCUUCACUUCCUGUGGAAAAGUC